AUGGUCAAGGCCAGAAUAUCCAAGAGAAUCGCUAUACUGUAUGGUUCGGAGACUGGAAAUGCUCAAGAUUUCGCUUUUAUUUUGUCACAUAAGUUACACAGGCUACAUUUCGCACAUACUUUGAGUUCUUUGGGGGAUUACAAUACAUUGGAUAUCCUAGAUUGCCGACAUCUCUUCAUCAUCUGCUCCACUACUGGGCAAGGUGAGUUACCGCGUAAUGCUUUGGAAGCUUCUCAUGGGAACAACAGGAGCAGUACACUUUGGUCUUUCUUGAGAAGAAAAGACCUUCCAUCGGAUCUACUAAACCACGUUAGCGUCUCAUUUUUGGGACUAGGUGAUUCGUCUUAUCCGAAGUUCAAUUAUGCAAUAAGGAAGCUUCAUGAAAGAAUCGUUAAUCAACUCGGUGCGAAAGAACCCUACAAAAGACUAGAAGCCGAUGAGCAAUGUAUGCUCGGCAGCAACAAGAACACCGGUGCCGGCAUAGAGAGCGUUUAUUUUGAGUUUGAGAAGAAAGCGCUAGAUAAUCUGUGUGCAACCUAUCCUACGAGGAAGGUCAAUGGCGAAAUCAUCAAACGCGAAGAAUUACCUGCCGAUGUCUAUCUCAGACCAGAUUCAUCAUUGUUGAUAGAACGGGACGACAAUAUACAGUCGAAUUCUGUGUCUUUCAAGGGCGAUGAAUUUGUUAGAGUUGGAUCUGUAGAAAGAAAUCAAAGAAUUACUCAUGCUGAGCACUUCCAGGAUGUAAGACAGUUUAUUUUUAAAGGUGCUGAAGCCCAUGAAUAUGGCCCAGGUGAUACCGUAAGCAUCUUUCCAUGCAACACUGAUCAAUCUGUGCAGCAAUUCUUGGAACUUCAACCGCAUUGGAAACCAGUCGCAGAUAAGCCUCUGAUUUUCAGUGACAGGGCUCCCAGCAUAGAGGGUGGAUUGGUGCAACCUUUGACCUUACGGAAUUUGCUCAAGUACCAUUGUGACAUUAUGAGUAUCCCAAGAGCCAGCUUUUUCAAGAAGGUCUGGACCUUUGCCACUGAUAUGAGUCGUUUGGAGCGGGGUCUUGAGCAAAUGAACCAGCAGCGUGAAAAGCUGCAGCAGUUCGGAGCAGAUGAGGAUAUGCAAGAUCUCUUCGACUAUUGCAAUAGGCCCAGAAGAUCCCUACUUGAAGUUCUACAAGAUUUCAUGUCCUUGAGAUUGCCAUGGGAAUUUGCUCUGGACUUCCUUCCAGCGAUCAAGCCGCGAUACUUUUCCAUAUCUAGCGGACCAAACUGCAGCAGUAUUGAGCUAACGGUCGCGAUCGUAAGAUACAAGACCAUAUUGAGAAAGAUUAGGAAGGGACUUUGUACAGAUUUUAUUGCGAAUCUAUCGCCAGGAGAUCAGCUUCGAUACAAAAUUCAAAAUAAUCAUUUAUUUGAGAACGAGCAACUACGUGACAGGCCAAUGAUAUUAAUAAGUCCUGGUGUUGGGAUUGCGCCGAUGAUGUCUCUGAUCAGAGCAGAAAUCUCCAAUCAAAUUAUGCUAUUUUUUGGAAAUAGAUUUAUGGAAAAGGACUUUCUUUACAAAGACCUCCUUCAGAAGUGGGAAGAAACAAAUAGAAUAACGCUGUUUAGCUGCUUUUCCAGAGAUCGAGAAAAUUCACCAGAAUUCAAGUACGUCCAGGACCGUCUUUGGGCCAUUGGUAAUACUAUCGCUAGGCUGCUGGUUGAAAAAGACGCUAUAAUUUAUCUUUGUGGUUCUUCUGGGAAAAUGCCUACCCAAGUCAGAAUUACACUACUGGAGAUUCUGAAGAAGUGGGGCAACUUUGAAACUGAUACAGCAGCAUGCGAUUAUUUGAAGCUUUUAGAGAAAAAUGAUAGAUACCUGCAAGAAACGUGGUAG